GUGUGUGAGAGAGAGUGUGUGACUACUAGUAGUAGUAGUUACUAGUUAGUGUGUGUAUAUCUGAUUUGUUUGUCUGACUUCGACUACCUAGUACUGUGCACAGCUUGUAUAUAAAGGAUUACAACAUGAGGGCCGGGAUGGAGUGUCAUAAGUUGUUAACAACAAACAAAAACAGUGAUAAGAGUUGUGUGAAAAUGGGUUCUGAGGAUAACUUUACUUAUGCAAUGGAGUUGAUCCACGCCACAACAUUGUCCAUGGUGUUGGUUAAUACAGUCAAGCUCAAGGUACUAGAGACUAUAGCCAAGGUUGGAUCGGAUGCCCGACUCUCUGCUCGGGAUAUUGCUUCUCGUUUAUCAAUCCCCAACCAAGAUGCCCCUGACAUGAUUGACCGGAUGCUUCGUUUGCUCGCGACCCACUCGAUUGUCACUUGCACCGAAGGGGUCCAUGAAUCUAAGCCUGUUCGAGUGUAUGGACUCACCCCCGUUGGUAAAUACUUCAUCCCGAACGAAGAGGGGAUAUCCUUAGGUCCCUUUGCGCAGUUGAUUCAAGAUAAAGUAUUUGUCGAUAGUUGGUUUGAACUUGAAGAUGCAGUACUUAAUGGAGGUGUUCCGUUUGACAAGGUUCAUGGAGCACAUUCAUUUGAAUAUCCCGCACUAGAUGCUAGGUUCAAUAAGGUUUUCAAUCAAGCUAUGUUGAAUCAUACCACUAUUUUAAUGAAGGAAAUUCUAGAGCAUUAUCGAGGUUUCGACAACCUUGAACGUGUGGUUGAUGUCGGAGGUGGUUUAGGACACACUCUUGCUAUGAUAAUAUCGAAACAUCCUAACAUUAAGGGUAUUAAUUUCGAUUUGCCACAUGUGACUCAACAAGCGCAACUCUAUGAAGGGAUAGAUCAUGUUGGAGGAGACAUGUUUAAAGAGGUUCCUGAAGGUGACGCUAUUUUUAUGAAGUGGAUUUUACAUGAUUGGAGUGAUGACCAUUGCAUAAAGUUGCUAAAGAAUUGCUAUAAAGCUUUACCAAAAAAUGGAAAGGUUAUCAUCAUAGAGGCGAUUCUCCCUUUUCUACCAGACACAAGCUCUAAUGUCAAAGUCAAUACCCACAUGGAUGUCCUCAUGAUGACGCAAAAUACAGGAGGAAAAGAGCGCACCGAGGAUGAGUUUCUUGCACUAGCUAAAAGUGCUGGAUUCAAGGGGAUUAAAAAGGAAUGUUUUCUUCGCAACUUUUGGGUCAUGGAAUUCUACAAGUAGAUAUAUAUAUAUAUAUAUAUAUAUAUAUAUAUAUAUAUAUAUAUAUAUAUAUAUAUAUAUCUAGUUUUUACAUACUCUAUUGUUUCAACAGUAGUUCUUAUUUCGUUGUUGUAUUAAGGGGACCUAAAAAUCCAUGAUUAAAUCCACUUAAAAUUUUUAAAAGAUGGUUAUGGAACAUUAAUGAUAAAGAAAUUAAUGAAAAUAAAAUGCAGAUAUGCUU